AUGGAGAUGGCGAAGAUCGGCGCGACGGAGAAGGGCGGCGUCUGCCGGCUCGCGCUCACCGACGUGGACAAGGCGGCGCGCGAUCUCUUCGUCCAGUGGUGCGGGGAGGCCGGCUGCGCCGUGCAGCGUCGACAAGAUGGGCAACAUCUUCGCCCGCCGGGCUGGCACGGACGAGACGCUCCCGCCGGUGAUGACCGGCAGCCACAUCGACAGCCAGCCGACGGGUGGCAAGUUCGACGGCAUCUACGGCGUGCUCGCGGGCCUCGAGUGAUCCGCACCCUCAACGACCUCGGCUAUCGAGACCGACGCACCCAUCGAGGUCUCGGCCUGGACCAAUGA